GCGUAUAUACGAGAGCGUAGCCAAACGUGGUCUCCAAGCAACCUUUCCCAAUAUCUAGACCCACCCUAUAUUUCUGCCUCUUUUAUAAUCUCUAUAUCCUCUUUCUCUUUCUCUCUCCGAACAAGAACCAACCAGUUAGGGAAAUCAAACUCAGUUCAAUAAUUGAAUCGUAGAGACUACGUACAGAAGAAGCAAAUCUGGAAUCCCGAUAUACGUGCAUGUGCAAAAGGAAACUAACACAAAGAUGACAUGGUGUAAUGACUCUGAUGAGGAGAAGAGGAUUGAAUCAAUGAUUGUUACCCAAAAGACCAGUGUCACUGACAUAAAACUCCACGAAGAAAUUCGAACUGUAACAUGCCCCUCCUGCGGCCAUAACAUUGAAUUCAAAGAUCAGGGUGGAAUUCAUGACUUGCCGGGGUUACCAGCUGGAGUGAAAUUUGACCCAAAUGACCAAGAAAUACUAGAGCAUUUAGAGGCAAAAGUGGGAUCGGAUGCAUGCAAGCUUCAUCCUCUUAUUGAUGAGUUCAUACCAACUCUUGAAGGGGAGAAUGGGAUUUGUUCUACACACCCAGAAAAACUACCAGGAGUGGGCAAAGAUGGACAGAUCCGCCACUUCUUUCACAGGCCAUCAAAAGCAUACACAACUGGAACAAGGAAAAGAAGAAAGGUUCACACAGAUGAAGAAGGAAGUGAAACAAGAUGGCACAAAACGGGAAAAACUAGAGCUGUUUUUGCAGCUGGUGGUGCUGUGAAGGGCUUUAAAAAAAUACUAGUACUCUACACCAACUAUGGCAGGAAAAGGAAGCCUGAGAAGACUAAUUGGGUGAUGCAUCAAUAUCAUCUUGGCAGCACUGAAGAAGAGAAAGAUGGAGAAUUAGUUGUUUCAAAGAUCUUCUAUCAGACACAACCCAGACAAUCCGGUAAUAAUCCCAAUAUCAUAGAGGAGCCGUACGAGAAAAUGUUGAAUGCUGAUUUUAGGGGCCACAACAACAAUACAUCAAUACCUAAAACUACAACUAUGGUGGAUUGCUACAAUGUUCCUUACAUAAAUUAUGAUGAUGUCCAUUCACAACUAAUUAUUCCCAGCUCGGUUGUUGCAGCUGAUGACUCUUACAUUCGCUAUGCAAUGGAUGCAAAGAAAGCAAGAUUUGAAACUAACACUGGGAAGAGUUUCUAGGUAAAGAGUAGAAGUGCUUGAUAUAGGGUUUUCCAUUCUAAUUUAGUUAUAGUAUUUAUUAUAUGACCAGUUAUAGGAUGAAGAAAUUACAGAGUUGGACUAGUAAGUUGGCUUCCUUGUUGAGAUACAUAUGGAGUAGAAGUUUAGAGCCAGGCUAGGUAUAUAUAUGUAUUUGGACUACUCUAGUUUGAUUUUUAACUUUAGGGAACACGUACUUUCCUAGAAUGUGUUUAUAGAUACUAUGAUGUAGUAGCAGGAUUUGUUACAAUAUUUUUACCGAAAUACAUUGGAGAUUAUGUAACUCUAAAA